GUUCAUACCUGCCAAAAGCUGUAGACUGCGGCGAGUAGAGGUGUGGGAAGCCAGAGAGGAUGUUCUCGUCUUCCUCCAGAAACUCUCUGUUCUCGCCCUGGACGUCCAUGGAGCAGUCAGACUCUGAAGCGCUGGACUUCAGCACCAAGGUGCAGCUGCACGGGGUGCUGUGGAAGAGGCCCUUCGGACGGCCGUCGGCCAAGUGGUCCCGCAGAUUCUUCAUCAUCAAAGACAGCUUCUUGUUCUACUAUGCUGAGAGCGAGAAGAGAAACUUUGAGACCAACAGGUACUUCAACAUCCACCCCAAGGGAGUCAUUCCUUUGGGAGGAUGUGUGGUGUCCGCUAAUGAAAACAUGGGCAUGCCCUUCGCCAUCGUGGUCAACCUGGAGGACUUUACUGGCACCAUAGUGCUGGCUGCUGAGUCUGGGGAGGAGCAGGUGCAGUGGAUGGAGAUGCUGCAGGAGUCGGGCAAAGUCACGUGGAAGAACGCUCAGCUAGGGGAGGCCAUGAUCGAGAGUCUGGAGGCUCAGGGGCUGCAGCUGGCCAAAGAGAAGCAGGAGUAUCUGGAUAAACUGAUGGAAGAGACUGAAGAGCUCAGUCAUCAGAGAGCACAGAGAGAGGAGCUGGAGCGUCUGAACCAGGUCCUGGAGGAGGAGAAGAUGAAGUUUGAGGAGGUGGUGGUGGAGCUGAAGGCGGAGCAGGAGCAUAUCAAACUAGACCUGGACGGCACGGCUCAGUCCCUCAGGGGAGUAGAGAGUGAAAAAGAAGAGCUGAGCAGUUUAACCAUCAUGCUGCAGAAAUCCAUUGAGGAGCUCUCUCAGGAGAAACAGAGAACUCUGGAGCUGCUGGCGGUGAAGGAGCAGGAGGAGCAGGAGGAGAAGGAGGCGGCAGAGGAGAGCGCCUCCUGCAGGAAGUCUGAGGACGGCGAGGAGCCCGGAGACGUGGACCUGCUGAAGGACCUGAGACACAUCGAGGAGCAGAUGAAGAUCCUGCUGAAGGAGAAGGAGCAAGCUGAGGACAAGCUCAGGGACAAUGACGAGCGGGCCAAAAUCCUGCAGCAGGAGAGGGAGUACUACUCGUCUCAGGCUUGCGCUCUGCAGCAGUCGCUCUCUCAGCUCGCUGUGGACAAGCAGCAGACCGAGGCCGAGCUCAAGGUGGAGAUCGAGUCUCGGAUGGAGCUGGAGAAGAGGCUGAAGCAGGCGGAGGAGGCUCUGCAGGACCUGGAGAAAGGCCUGGAGUCAAUGGACCGAAGCAAAGAGCGAGACGAGAAGAUGAAGGGCGACGUGACUCAGCUGAGGAGAUUCUUUGAGGACUGUAUCUGUGCAGCAGAAAUCGAGGCGAAGCUCCCAUCGAUAAUGAAGAACGCUGUUUAUCUGCACAAAGCUGCUGCACGCCGGAUCAAGAGCUGCCGGAUCCAGAGGAGAGCCUCCAAACGCCACUGGUUAAAACACUCAAAGUCUUUUGUAGUAGCGAGCGGUGAUGGCAGCGGUAUGGAGGACCUGUGGGAGACGGCACGGCGACUUACCUCUGACAGUACUUUCAGAGAGAGCGUGUACAAGAUCAUGGCUCGCAAGGACGCUACGAACAAAACCGAGGACUGAGUGGGGAGAUAGCAAGUUACUUAGAGAAACUAAUCCCAGACCCACCAUUAAGAUACUGUAGAUGAAUGUAAACAGAAAUGUAUUUGAUAGCAUCUCUGGUUGUAAUCUUAAGACUGUACAACAUUUAAUGGACACUGACUACACCUUUUAUGUGUUACAGCACUGGUUCUCAGACCCCUACUGGUUUAUAGCUCUUUCCCACUAAACAGUUCCAGGAAAAAAAGAGAACUAAACACAGAAACGGAGGUCCCUUUUGCAUAAAACCUAAUUAGAAUGUUUAAUGAUUAACUAUGAUGAUCAACGUUAUUUUGCUCUUUAAAAAAAGAAAGAAAAUGAAGCGCAGAUAAUAUUUCUGCACAACUCAAAAGGGCAACAGUCUCUAAUUAGUCCCUUGAACUGUUUGGUAUAAAGUGCAAUAAGAACAGAUUUGAUCUAGUCAAAGAGUUAAGUAAGAAUAGGGAAAGACAUAGCAUUUUAUAGUUACAUUUAAC